CAAUUUUUGUUUUCCUAAUUUUUCCUGAUUUUCUUGAACAUAAGAUCUAGUUUGGGUGCGAAUAAGUGUCCAUUGUAUUAUAUUAGCACUACAUGAACUAGCUACGGGGCAGUUUUAUCACCCAGAGAUCAUGGAUCAAAGCAGGCAACGAAAGAAUCCAAACAUAUUUGGUCAGCUGCGAAGUUUGACCAUUCUGCUCACUAAGGAACCACCCCAUCUUCAACAAUUGCUUGAUAACCCACCUCCGUUUGAUGAUGAUACUGCCAGAUUGGUGUUGAAAGAGACUCAGCGAGAUGUCAAGAAAUUAGCAGGCGAAGCUCGUGGUCACCUCGCUGGGAUGCAGGAAUCCGCGGCUGAUUUCAAUAACCUUCUCGAUGCCUGUGGAAAACUUGUGGCCAAGAAGAAAGAGACAAUGGAAAGGAUUGAGCAACAUCUCCAGAAAUAUGGAUACACACCAUAUCGUGCUGCCAAUAGCACUAGUAAUAGGAAAGCGGGAUCGGAUAGUGAGGACAAAGAGAAUCAACCUGAACCAGAAGAAUCUGGAGAUACACUCAGAAACAGCCCAUCUACCGCCAAUGAUAGGUUGGAUAAAAUGCCAUCUCUGGCCGAGUUUGGCAUCAGUCAGUCAACGCUCGCCUUUCUGAAUAAACGCGGCUCAAGGGAUGAAAUCGACAGCCGGACACAAGUUUUCAAACAUCCGAUCAUACCAGGGAAGAAAAUGGGCAAAUCUGAUGAUCUGGUGACGCCUUUUGAUCAGGAAUCAGGUGUCCUUGUUACUCCAGGUAUAGGUCUCCGCAUGUGUGAGUCACCCUUCUGCAUGACAGGUGCAGAUCAGUUUGCCAGCCCAGCACCACCCGUCUUCACCACACCUCGCUUGAAAGAAAUGUUCAAUUCGAACAAGAAGCGGCAUCCAUCAAUGGAUGAGACGUUCGUUGUCAAAUCUUCGCCACACCUUACCAACCCUGAGUUGCCAAACUUUUUGACCCCAAGCCUUCAGCGGUAUAGCCGAAAACAAAAUCAGGAGUCAUGUGUCCCGAAGAUGGAGUGUCUUGGACUGUCUCCGGGAGCUCCUCAGAUGAGUUCAAGUCGUGAUGGACUGGCCGUACCAGAAUCGCCGAAGAUUUUUGCUUGCAGAUCUGGUGCUGGGGUUUCUACUCAGGUAAGCUCAACCCGCUACCAGGAAUCUGCAAGCUUGCAAAGACCUCAGGACCAGAGCCACUACUCAUCACAAGUGAUGGACAACUUGGUUAACCCUGAUACUCCAGAAAUGACGUGCAAUUUUAGAUUUAGAAAUAUGAAUCUUAGUGAAAAACCUCCAGUUCCAGCACCAACACAGAACACUUCCCCUGAGCAUCUAACAUCAGCGAUACCCGACUCUCAGGCAGCACCUGUAACACCUGCUGCAUUUAAUGUCAACCCAACACCUCCAGAGUCAAUGAAAAAGUAUAACAAUAAUGACGUGGUCAUGCCAACGCCGCCAAGAUUUUACACCGAGACUGCUCGCAGGAUGUUCUGCGAUGCAGAAUUGGAUAAUAUCCCUACACCCGAAGUUGUCAUGCCAGACCCGAGGGCUGAGGUUGCAGUGCCAAGCCCAAAGUUGCCGCGUCAGCAAGGAACGAGCGGUUUACAUGAAAUUAACGAGGUGGCAGCCCCUUGUCAUGUUGAGCAGAAAGAUUGCGAUGUUGGUCAGUUGAACCUUGGACCAGGAGGGAGAAAGCGAGUUCUUCCAAAAAGGAUUGCAUUCAUCACACAAGAUGAGUACGACCAGCAGCCGGACUAUCUGCAGAACACAGUCAGCUUAGAAACCAUCAAUAAAUGUAUCCACAAAGUCAAUACGUUCAUACGAGAUAAAUCAGAAGCUGGUUGUGGCGAAGACAUCUUGUCUGCCGAGCUACAAAAUGAGCUUGGAUUUGGAAAUCAUGCGAAGAAACUCAUACUGCUACUGCUGCAAGUGAAACGAAUAUCACAACAGAAAGUGGGUGUGUAUGCAAUCGUGGACUAGAGCGUCCAACAAACGAUAUUUUGAGCUGCAAUCGGCAGCAAGGAUUUUCCUGUAAUCAUCAAGAACGGAAAAUGAUGUGCUAUUCUGGAGGAGGAACUAUUGUUCGACCUAGAUACUGAAAGUGAACUUCAUGUCUUAUCACCCUGGCAAAUUGAUUCCCCAAUUUACCAUGAACCGGGAAAGGGAUUUCUGCUGUGUGUUGUGUAACCUCUUCAUUUGCAGUGUUUGACUCCAGAGAAUUAUUUUCAAUGAGUAAACUUCUAAUGUCAUAUCAUUUUACUCUACUGUACUUGCAAUAGGAAUUGUGCUUCAAGCUUAUGAACUUUGGACUUGUCAGAACGAUAGUUGCAGAUAGACAAUAUAGAUUUUUUGGAAGAAAAGCUGACCUGGAACAAAUUGGGUGAAUGAGAUUAAUUGCAUUUGUAUUUCCUUAUUUGGAAGCAUAAUUCAUAUGGAGUGCUUGGUUCAAUGUGUAUAGUGUUCGUUACUAUCAAUGUGCUUACAAAGGA